CUUCUCCCUAAUCCCCAUUUUCUUCUUUCUUUGUGUCAUUCCAUAUCGAGUCGCUGCAUGGAUUUCUCUAAGCAUGUACCACUGAAUCUCCCAUCUUUCCUCCAUCAUCACUGAGAGGGGCGAUCGCGCAUCGGACGGCGUCCGAGUCGCCAUAAGCUGUCGCUAUCGAUAGAUUCAAAAAAAUAUCGCGUAUAUAUACCUUACAUCAAUUGGAACAGACCAAUCAAUUGCCAACAGAAUGGAAGAGGAUGACGAUCGCGAUCUCGGUGGCUCGCAAGAUGGAAGCUCGGAUAAUGAAAUGGACGACGCGCUUCGAGACGCCAAUGACGGGGUAAACGACAAUGAGCCCGACGUCGACGGGGAUGACGAUCAGGAUGCAGACAGCCAAUCGAAUGCGAGCCAUGCGUCUGACAAUGCUCCUCAGCUCAACCCCGACGUGACGAGGACCCUCCCUGGAGCCGCGACGGCACCCACCCCUAUAUCUGCCUUCCACCCCAGCGUGCGCCCCGAGUGCCUUACCGCUUCUACCUAUGAUAUCGUUCCAACGACGGCUGCGCCUCACAGUACUUCGAUCAAUGCUAUAACUGCAACGGCGGAUAUGAGAUGGGUGUUCAGCGGAGGCUCGGAUGGAUACGUGCGGAAAUUCAACUGGGUGGAUUCGAUCAAUGGCAAAUUGAUGCUGACGGUAGCGCAACGGCACCCGUUCGUGGAUAGUGUUGUCAAAGCCGGAUCCCUAAUGACAUACUGGGAGAGCAUGGAUAGUAACCAUAUAUCCCCCGUCUACUCAUUAGCCAGCCACAGCGAAGGACUAUGGCUCUUGUCUGGCUUGGAGUCCGGGACCAUUCGGCUACAAUCAGUCCGCCACGAGGAGGGGAGGGAGAUCGCUCUCCUCCAAAAACACAAGUCGGCCGUGUCGGUGUUGAAUCUGACAUCCGACGAAAAGUCAGUCCUCUCCGGAAGCUGGGACAAACGGGUCUUUGACUGGGACCUAAACACGGGGCAGACGAGGCGCACGUUCGGGGCCAGCGCGGGCCAGAUAUCCGCUCUUGAAAUUCGGCCAGAGUCCAGUCUCCCGGUCCCCAGAGACACGACCGACCACCCUCAGACCAACGGCACCUAUUCCUCCAACAACCAAGCCAGUGGGGCCGACAGUUUCAGUUUCAUGGACACCUCCAACGACCAGGGCGAAAUGGGCGACGCAAACCCGCAGGCGGGCUCGCCAGCAGACUCGCUAUUCGGGGGAGCCGAUUCAUUAUUUGGCGAUGGGGACGGAAACGGCGGCGAAGGUGCAGGAACAUCGACCAAUGCAUUCGGCAUAGACGAGGAUGACGAAAUUGGGAAAGCUCUCGCCAACGAUGCCCUCCCAGACGCCGAUGCCCAGGGUGAGCCGGACGAACCGAUGGGAGAACAACAACAAAACGGCAUUGCACAACCCCAGCCUACACCUGCAAACGACGCAACAAACCCCGAAGCAAACGCCCCCAACACAACAUCGCAACAGCCGCAGGGUUCAGAUCUUCCAGACGGCCCCUCCCAGCCGGCAGUCAACGGACUUCCCCACGCGGAAGACCUCGAACCAGCCUCGCAAGGCCAGGACUUCUCUCUACCAACACAGCCAGAGACCAACAUCGGUCCCGACAACAUUUUCCUCGCGGCCUCCAUCGACGGCACUGUCCGAAUCUGGGACCGACGACUGCAAGACCCCGUAGCUCGGAUCAUAUCGCGCAAUUCGCCCCCAUGGUGCAUGAACGCGUGCUGGUCCCCAGACGGCAACAACAUUUACGUCGGCCGGCGCACAGGCACAGUCGAGGAAUUCAGCCUCCACAAGGGUCUACGCGAUCCGGAGCGGAUCUUCAAGUUCCCUCAGGGGAGUGGUCCAGUCACAGCUCUCCGAGCGAUGCCCAACGGGCGACACAUUGUUUGCGCAUCCCACGACAUCCUCCGCCUCUACGACCUCAAACACGAUCAAGUCACGCGACACUCAACCGUCCCCUUCCUCAUCAUUCCCGGUCACCGCACAGGCACCGUCUCCCAGUUAUACCUUGACCCCGCAUGCCGGUUCAUGCUCUCCACGAGCGGUAACCGCGGAUGGGAGGGUAGCACAACUGAAGUUCUCCUGGGGUACGAGAUUGGUGUACCGCGGUCGCAAUAGAGCGAAAUCGACCCUGUCUACUACAUACUGCGCUGGGAGCAAGCGGUAGUUGUCCCGCCUUGGUGAUUAGAUAUCUGUCUAUCCUUGGGGGCUAUGCACCUGUCGUCGGCUUUCUCUUAUACACGUCGAUCAAGUAAUGAACAUCACGUGUUUACACAGGGGAUUGGACAUUCCAGCGCAGUCAUUCUAUUCUUCUGCAUGGUUGGCAAUAGCGUUCUAUCCUAUAUCCUCCCACUGUUCCUCUUUAUCCUCAUUCCCCUACUCUUGGUGCCGCUGCGAUGUCUCUGCUCCUUGUUGGCCAAUACCACCCUAGCUAAGGUAUCUAGACG